AUGGCAGAAGAUAAGAGAAACUCCAAUGUUCAGCUCCUUCAAGAACCAGAGGCCCUUAAUGAAACCCUUUUCCGAUCACACACCACAAACAGAACCAGAAUGAUAACAGCUUCAUUAGCUCUACCAAGACAAGCCUCAUCUCCUUUUGUCUCAUCUAAAGAUGACAAUGACCCUGCUAAAGUUAACAACAAACAAAGCAACAAAACUAGGUCUCGUGGCAUGUCCUUGUCUCCAUGGAGAUCAAAGCCAAAGCUUGAACAUGCCAAGGCAACUCUCAUUCAGCCAGAUACCAUUAAGUUUGAUGAGACGGCAAGUUCAGGUGAGAAGAAAGGGAUUUGGAACUGGAACCCUUUGAGGGCAAUUUCUCAUAUUGGAAUGCAGAAACUAAGCUGUUUGUUUUCUGUUAAAGUGGUCACUGCUCAAGGCCUUCCUUCAUCCAUGAAUGGACUUAGGCUUUCUGUUUGUGUUAGAAAGAAAGAGACCAAAGAUGGGAGUGUUCAAACAAUGCCAUCAAGGGUUGAUCAAGGUGCUGCAGAUUUCGAAGAGAUCUUUUUCAUAAGGUGCCACGUUUAUUGCAACCGUGGUAGUGGAAAGCAGCUUAAGUUUGAGCCAAGGCCGUUUUGGAUAUACCUUGUUGCAGUUGAUGCAAAAGAGCUUGGUUUUGGAAGAAACUGUGUGGAUUUGAGCCAGUUGGUUCAAGAAUCCUUUGUGAAAAUCCAGGAAGGCAAGCGUGUGAAGCAGUGGAACACAAGCUUUGGUUUGUCAGGAAAGGCAAAAGGAGGAGAACUUGUUCUGAAACUUGGGGUCCAAAUCAUGGAGAAAGAUGGAGAAGUUCAUAUGUUUAACCAGGAAGAGAAUUUUAAGUCUGGCAGGUUUAGAAAACUUACCUCUUUUGUUCGCCAAAGAUCCAAGUCUUCAUUCAGUUUUACUAGUCCAAGAAUAAGAAGCAGAAGUGAUGCUUAG